CGCAUUACUUCUAUCCGCACCCACCCGCCAUCACACCUGCCUGCCUGUCUUCCAACCAUGGAGAAAUCCUCCCUCCUCCCUCAAACCCAAUCUCCCCCCCGCGCGCGAGCUUCUAUACUACCCAAACGUCCCACCCGCUUCCACGGCCUCCUCUUCGUUCUGGUAUUGGGAUUAUACUUCCUUUCCGGGUCAUCGUGGAAAUGUGAACACAAACAAAAACACAAUGAGAGCGUGCAGAAGACGAAAGUACCUUUGGAGGUUCAUAUAAUGUCAAAAUGCCCAGACGCACGCGACUGUUUAGAGAAGCUGGUCGUCCCGGCCAUGGCCAAUGUAUCCAGUAAAGUGAACUUUACGCUUUCAUUUAUCGGAAAAACCACCGAAGAAGACGACGGCGUGCAAUGCAAACACGGCCAAACCGAAUGCUUAGGCAACAUCGUCGAGCUCUGCGCCGCUGCCAGCUACCCGGAUCCCAAAGCAUACCUUGGCUUCACCAUGUGUCUGGAGCGCGACUACGCCGAGAUUCCUAAGCAAUCUUUCAUCGAGGAGUGUGCGCUCGAGCACGGACUGUCGUUUGCCACGCUUAAUGAUUGCAUGAGCAAGGAUGAUGGCGCGUAUGGGAUGGGUUUGUUGAGGGAGAGCGUGAGGAGGAGCCAGGCGUUGGGUGUGAAGCUGAGCUGUACGGUUAGGCUGGAGGGGAAGACGAGGUGUAUAAGGGAUGGCGGGGAGUGGAGCGAUUGUGAGGGCGGUAGUGAGCCGAGUGAUUUGAUAAAGGAUAUUGAGAAGUUGUAUGGCGGGGACGGCGACGAGGAUGAGAAGUGA